AUGGAUGCUGGCAUCGGAGCAACUUCUUUGGCGCUGCAGCUUUUUGGAGCGGCUCUUGAAGGAUACAAACUAUUCCGGUGCGCAGCAAAUGCAGAUCGCGAUAUUAAGACCCUCGUUCUACGCCUGAAGUUCGAGCAAUCCAGACUAUUCAGAUGGGGAGAGUUAGCCGGGCUGUCUGAUACAGACGACUCACCAGAUGAUGCAUCGCACGUCAAAGCCAACGAAAUUCUAAUAGUGGAUGCCCUUGGACUGAUCAAAGCAGAACUGGAACAUCUCGCCGGGCUGACAAAGUACUAUAGCUCACCACCUGGUGGGUCCAAGUCGAGCCUGAGGUCGAACACUGCCCGUAGCCUUGACAUUUCGGGUCCAUCACCCGCGGUUGACUCAGUCCACCGCGAGGUCAUAGCGGUAUUCAGUGAUAAGACAGCUCCUAGUUCUACCAAACAAAAGCGAUUCCUGGAACAUCUAGUCCGAAUUAGAGAGGACGUUUUUGUGGUAUCAAAAGAUCCAAAGCGACUGGUCUGGGCCAUCAAAGAUCACAAGCGAUUCCGCGUGGGACUCGACGAGAUUAAGGCGCUGACCGAUUGCUUGUAUGGCAUAAUUCCUGACGAUAGAAUGGACCAGGCUCUUUCGUCGAGACAAAAAGUGUCGCUUGAAAUGCUCCAGCUCACCAAGGAUCUUGAGGACAUGAGAGUCGUGUUAGCUGCUCAGAAAGAGAACAGCCGUCACGAUACCACUGUGCAGAGAGUUACUGCUUUCGCCAUCCGAAUGAGUAAUAUCGGAGCUCAUAAAUCAUUGCUCCUGCAAUCGUGUGACACCUCUACCUUGCGUAUCCUGGUGAAUGUGGACGAUGGGCUCCGAUCGCUGGCGACCUUUGCUCAGAAACCGGUCUGGAUCGAGUGGAGAGAAUAUCAGGGCACCAAAUCUCAGCCCGACCCCCAGAGUGUUCAGAACGUGGAAAGAUUGGCUUGGUUGCUCAGUCAGCCAGAUCGACCCGAUGAGUUUCGCCUUCCAACAUGCCUGGGAUAUGUUGAAGACCCAGUCGAGGCUCGAUUUGGAAUUGUCCUGGACUCCUUAUCGGAUGAAUCAGAAUCACUGUUGUCCUGGUUCAAUCAAGUCGAGUCUAGCAUCGACAGAUCUGCGAUCGCACAUCAGGUCGCGGAAAGCUUAUUGUAUCUGCAUGCUGUAAACUGGCUACACAAAGGUCUCCGAAGCGCUGGUGUUGUAUUUAACAAGACCGCAAUUGCAGGCCACGAGAGUUCAAGGCGGUUGUCCAUAUCUGGCUUUGGAUUCUCUAGGCCAUCCAAUGAUUCAUUCACAUCAAGUGGACCUCCUCACGAUAGCAAGUGGGCCCUUUACUGUCAUCCGACAUAUCUCGACACAGAAAGAAAGAGUGGAUAUCGUAAAUCUUACGACAUCUACAGCCUUGGCAUCAUCCUGAUCGAGAUUGCCCUCUGGAAGCCCAUCGAUCAAAUCCUCCAGUCUCUACACUCUGGUCGAGAUUCUGCCUUAGACAAUGAGAGACAGGACACCCGAACUCGCAUUCUGGACAGCAACACCAUUCUCGAGCAAGUGCGUCUGAACAUGAAUGAUGGAUACGCCAAAGCCACCAGGGCUUGUAUAGAAGGACUGCCAGCUUUUGGCUUGAGUGAGGAUGUUGAUGAGGCUAAUCCUUAUGUAUCUGCUCUGCUCCAGCGAUCUUUUAUCGAGGUUGUGGUGGAUCCGUUGAAGGAGAUCAUGACUUGA